AAAUUAUAUUAUCAAAAAGCGUGCUGAAAUAGCAUACAUAAAUAUUUUAGUUGAAAGACUAUUUAUAGAUUUAAUUACGUUAGUGAAGUCAAGUCUGACAUUGAUACAAUUUGUGCAAAGUUACUUGUUCUCGCCUCAACUUUCUUUUCUACUGAUCAUGCCUAAACGUGGUGGAGGAAGAAAUAACAGAAACUGGAGAAAUAAUGACAAUGAUCAUUUUGAGCACGAUGACCGCAUACGCAGCAACAACACACGGCGUGUCAGCUUCAAGCCUGGCACCAACAAGGGGAAAAACAAGUUCUCCAACUUUCCCAAUGACAUGUCCAAGCUAAUGUUGGAUGAUGACAUCGACAUGGGCGCCCAGGGGGGCCACGGGGGGCACGGGGGGCCGCGCGGACCCAUGCACAAGGGCUCGUUCAGGGGCCGCGGGGGCAUGCGGCUCAACUCCCCUGUACCGAGAGGCCAUGGAAUACCCAACAAAAAGUUUGUCGCGGGAAUGCUACCAUACUAUCAAGUCAUCAUACCGUACGGAGCUAAACACGAAAGGGAUGUUGUCCUAAAAGCUCUCCUCAGCUACAUGUCACCAGACGUCUUCAUCCCGCACUACUACAAGAUCACCGGCAAUGCUGCAACAUUCUAUGUGGAUGAUGCAAGUGUGGCAGAAAAACUGUUCUAUGCUGACAGAAAGAUUACCAUGUCUGAUGGUUUCAAACUGGUUGUGAUUGUGAGGAAUUCUGUGCCUAAAGUCACUAUUGAUGCCGAGAUGAAGGAGAAAAUGAAACUGACUAUGGCUAAGAGGUACAAUGCCACUACAAAAGCUUUGGACCUUACCAAAUUUCAUGCUGAUCCAGAUUUGACUGACAUAUUCUGUGCCCUGUUCCGACCAAUGAUAAUGCUGGCGGCUAUUGACAUAAUGGAGGAGAACAUUCCGGACCUUGAAGCCCUCAACCUAAAUGACAACAAGUUGCAUGGCAUAGAUCAUCUGAAGGUUCUCGCCACAAAACUGAAGAGCUUGAAGAUAUUGUACAUGGGAGACAACAGGAUACCAUUCCUGGGCUCUCUGGAGUCAAUCAAAGCCCUGCCGUUGGUGGAACUCUACCUCAAGGGAAACCCUCUUGUGAACAGGUUUCGGGACCAUGAAAUUUAUGUCAGCGAUGUGCGGAAGAAAUUCCCCAAGUUGACCAGAUUGGACGGCGCGGACCUCCCCCCAGCGAUUGGCUUCGACGUGUCCGAAGUCCUCACCCUGCCGCCGCGCCAGCAGUCCUUCCUCGUAGACCCGUCAGGCCAAGACCUGGUCAGGGAAUUCCUGACGCAAUACUUCGCCAUAUACGACUCGGAUUCAAGACAACAGCUGUUGGAAGCCUAUCAUGAAAACGCUAUAAUGUCUAUGGCGACUAAUUACCUGACCAAUGAUAACAGGAACUCGGCGAAUACUAGACUGAACGCCUACAUAACGAACAGCCGCAACAUCCUCCGAGUGACGGAGCGCGAGUCCCGGCGGCGCUACCUCAAGCAGGGGCGGCUGCAGCUCGUGAGCUUCCUGUCCGACCUGCCGAGGACCAAGCACGAUCUGAUGGGCUUUGCCGUGGACUUACACGUGUUUACUCCGACGCUGAUAGUGCUGACAAUGAGUGGCGUCUUCAAGGAGACGGUGACAGUGAACACGCCCACUCGCAACUUCCAUCGCACGUUCACGAUCGUGCCCAACGGCAGCGGCGGGUUCUCCAUAGUGAAUGAUAUGCUGUUCAUUACUAAUACUACUAGGCAACAGAGAGACGAGGCGUUCGCCACAUCUCUACCCGAGGCUUCAACAUCAUCAGCCCCGGCCCCCGCACCCGCGCCCGCCCCCGCCCCCGCCGCGGGCGGCGACGAAGCUGCCAAGAUGCAAGCCAUGGCGUUAUUGAGCCAACAGACUGGCAUGAACCAGCAUUGGAGCAUGAACUGCCUUCAAGAAACUGGCUGGGACCUCCAACGGGCGCUCUUCAUUUUCAACCAGCUGCAGUCGGAAGGGAAAAUACCACCGGAAGCUUUCGUGAAAUAACCUGCCAAAUUAAGAAGACUUGACUGAGGCUGUGCCCAACAUGUGUACAUAGAGAAUAGAGUGUAAGCUGAGAAGCUGCUGAAUUUAUUCGGAUUGGUGAUGUCAGAAUCCGAUCGGAUUCAAUUUUAAUGUGUGGUUAAUUGAUUGUAACUAAAAUUGUUACAUUGUUACCUGGAAAAUUAAUUUUAAUUUCAAAAUAAUGAACAUGAAGAGAGAAAAUAGAAGAUUUAAAAGUUUAGUUUUAAAACUAAGUCAAAGUUCCAAAGUACAGUAAAGUUUUGAAAAUAUUAGAAUAGUUUAGGUUUUGAAUUUUCCAUGAUCUUUGUUCUUGCAUUUGUUGCGAUUUGAUGUCUGUGUUUAAAUUCAAAUUACUCUAAGACUUCUAAAUAUAAAAAAAUACUUCAAUGUGCAAUCAUAUGCAUAUCAUGUAAUAAGGUAAAGUCAAAUCAUUCAUCGUAUUAUCGUGCAAAGAAUAUUUUAAAUUUAGGUUUCCAAGGCAUGUUUGUAGCUAUAUAGCGUGCUAUAGUUAAAAUUCUUGAACUUGAAGUCUGUUGAUUGUUCCUAAAAGCUCUCUUGUAAUUGGUUAGCCCAGUGGCCAUUUUGUUUAAUCUCUUUUCUUAUUGGUCAAGUCCACUCAACAGUACUUACUACAAUAACUUAUAGAUGUUGAUUCCAUUCCUUUCUAUCAAAGAUUUUUAUUGUAUGCAUGCUGCCAGAAUAUUUUUAAAUUAAACUUUCUAUAUUGUUAUACUUAAAUAGAAAGCAGAACUGAACUAGAGCAAUACAUUUAGUAAAAUAUCAUACAUUAUAAUUAAUAAUAUUAAAAUAUUGUUUGUGAAUGAAUUCAAAACCAGCACAAUGUUAAUUUCUUUACUGUUACGAGUACUUGUUAAAAGUUUUGUCAACUAUUACAAUUUUCAUGUAUAAAAAUGUACUUCGACUUAUAUUCUGUUAUAAGGAAAAUCGUUACGGGGUUGGGAUCUACAAACCAAUGGAUGGAGUUCUCAAGGCGACGCUCAACGAUUGGUUCACGGUCGAACUUUGGUGUUGAUUGUGCAUUGCUGGCUUAGUGCGAGCCGGACCGAGUUGCCUUCAUUGACAGCGAUUUUUGUACGACAUCCCUUGCGAUUGUGUCACAGCGGAACCUCCUAAGAACACAGUUCUUUUGUGGGCUAGCUGUGCGGACAUCCAGGGACCAAUCACACUAGUUGUAAUAUGACCACAGCGACCGAUUUUAGAGAAAAGCCGAGAGACUCCUACAAUGGUCUUGUAACGGGGAAGCGUAGGGCCAAAUGAGUUUAAGGGCAAACCUUAUGUGUAAAUAUAUUAAGUUUAUUUUCGAAUAGAGUAAUAAAUAUUUUUUGAUGAUA